CAGCGUCUGCGUCAACCUGCCACAGCGGAAGUGAAAGCUUCAGAAGAAUAGUGGCUAGAUAAAUAAGCAUGUUCGGUAUUUUAGUAUUGCGCAUUGUAAAUAUGUCCUACUAACAAAAUGAAUGUUUUUAUCUGCGUCGUGUUGUUUCUCGUAAGUGUCGCAGCUGCUAACAAAAGCGGGGACGAUGACUGGGUGCAUCUGCCAAAUAAAUGUGAAGUGUGCAAAUUUCUUAGUAUUGAAAUGAAGUCUGCAUUUGAAGAGACUGGCAAAACAAAAGAAGUGAUUGAAACCAACUACCGCUUCCUGGAUGAUAAAGGUGCACCGCCAAUCAAAUAUGUCAAAUCUGAUAUUCGUUUCAUAGAGGUGGUGGAGAAUGUUUGCUCAAGGAUUAUGCAGUACAAUCUACACAAAGAGAGAGAUGGAAGUAAUCGCUUUGCAAAGGGUAUGUCUGAGACAUUCUCUACCUUACAAAACCUGGUUAAUAAAGGCGUGAAGGUGGUCAUGGACAUUCCUUAUGAACUGUGGAAUGAGACCAGUGCAGAAGUGGCAGAUCUCAAAAAACAGUGUGAUGUGAUGGUAGAGCAGUAUGAAGAAGUCAUUGAAGACUGGUAUAAAGGCAGCCAGGAGGAAGAUCUCACCACUUACCUAUGUGAAAAACACGUGCUGAAAGGACAAGACACCGGCUGUCUUAAAGAGAACUGGACUGGGAAAAAGGGAGACACGGCAGCUAUCACAGAGGACAAGAAGAAAAAGAAGGGCAAAAAGAAGAAAGGUAAAGACAGCAAGGAUGGGCAGAAAAAGGAGAAGGUGAAGAAGAAGAAGAAAAAGUCCAAGCUGACUGACACUGAGAUCAGCAAGAAGAAAACUGAAGAAGCUGGCUACACCUCAGAUGAGGAGAUCCAGAAGAAAGUUCCUCUUAAUCAGGAUAAAAUUGAACUCUGAUAGAUUUCUUUGCUAUUUUUUUUUCUGACACUUGUCUCCUUGAUAUCUAAAUUUAUGACUGAAACUGAGAUGUACAUUGAGUUUUAGUCUAUUAGAAGAAGGUAAUAUUGAGGUCCUCAUUCUAGAUCACUUGUUACAUUAACGCCAUCCAGGAACAAGUUCAAAUCAAAUGCCAUUUCAAAUCCAAAAAUGGAAGCUAGACCAAUCAAACUAUACUGUAGCUUGGCUGUUUGCUUGUGUUUGUUCUCAUGCUGGUUUCAUGUCGCUAACAUUGUAAACAAGCUAAAAUCUUCCUUUCAGGAAAAUGUCUGACUUUGAGGACUCUAGUGUUUUGAAUCAAUGAAGUUGGCAAGCUGUUGGAAUGGAUUCUUGAAAUCCUUGUGGUUCUAAUUUCUAUUACUCUGACUCAUCUCACUGAUUUCAUCCCCUAAAAUGUAGUUUAGGUGAUGAAUUUAGUUAAGUUUUCUUAUGCCUACUGUUACUUUUAAUUGCCAUUGAUUUCAUAAUUAAAGAUCCUUCAUAGAUUCCAACUAAGGAAAUACAUACUUGGAGCUUUUUCAGUAUUAAUAUAAUUAGCUGGUACAAAUCUUAAAAGAUAUAUAAAAAUAUAAUUUUUUUUAAUCUUUUUCUGUGUAGGAAAAUAUUUUUAGGUUUACUU